AUGAGGUCAUUUAAUCACAUUUCUUUUUAUUUAUUUAUUUUGCAUGUUCUUAUUUUUUUAAAUAAUAUUUCAUGCAAUGUAAUUAUUAAUGACAAUAAAUCUAACUCAAAUGUAUCAAACAUUGAUAAUUUAAAAACAGAAUAUGAUGAUGAUGCUUUGAACGUUAAUAAGUGGGAAAAUGAAAAACAUGUUUCUGGAAAUUCAGAGGAUGAAAAAGACGAAAAUAAAUACUACCCAAGUGAUGUAUGUGAAAAAGUUGGUAUAUUUUCACAAUGUCCUAAAAAAUCAUUUAAUUCAAUGAAUGAUUGGACCUACAGAAAUAAAAAAAAUUCUUCGGAAGUUAAUACUGGAUUAUAUGUUCCUCCUAGGAGAAACAAAUUAUGUCUUUUAGAUCUUGGGAAACGCAAAAAUGGUAUAAAGGAUAUGAAUAAAUUCAAAGAGGAACUUCUUAAAGUUGCUUCAGGUGAAUCAUAUUCCUUAAUGGAAUAUUUUAAGAACGAACCUUCAAAUGCAAUAGCUGCAUUAGAUUAUAGUUUUGCUGACUUAGGAGAUAUUGUUAAAGGAACAGAUUUGAUGGAUAAUAAAUAUACAAGAAAUAUUAAUACAAGUUUAUAUAAUAUAUUCUCUAAACAAAAUGGGGAUAAUGAUAUAAUAAAAAAAAGAUUGGAAUGGUGGAAUAAUAAUAAAAAUGAUAUUUGGGAAGCAAUGGUUUGUGGAUAUAGUGGUAAUAAAAAAGUUGAAAAUUUUCCAGAACAUAAUAAUAUUGAUGAGGUUCCACAACGUUUCCGAUGGUUUAGGGAGUGGGGCAAGGAUGUUUGCUAUGAAUAUGAAUAUAAUUUAUAUGUUGUUAUAAAAUUAUGUAAAAUAAAAAGAGAUAAAAAUAACGAUGAAUUAUAUAUAGAGGAAAUGCAAAAAAAUGAUGAAUGUACAAAAGGAUUAGAUUAUUAUUUAGGGUGGAUUAAUAAAAGAAAAACCCAAUGGGACUAUCAAUCUCAAAUGUUUAAUAAUUAUAAAGGUACAUAUGAUAAUGCUAAAGAAUUAACACCACAAUCAUAUUUACAUGAUAAAUGUAUUGAAUGUAAUUGUAAGAAUAAAGAUUUGGAAAACACUUUUAAAGAAAAGAAAAAUAAAGAUGAAAUACUUAAAGUGUUAAUUGAGAGGAGUAAAGAUAUUAAGGACGAAAUAAUGAGGGCUCUCGAAUCAAGUACGCAAAUUAUAUCUAAUGAUUUUACAAAUGAAGAUGAAGAUGAACAAAUAAACAAUAGUAUAGAAGAAACGUCAGAGGAUAUAAAGAAUGUAUUCACAAUACGUAAAUCUGAAAAUAAUACAUCAUAUGAUAAUAUUAGUGAAUAUAUUACAAAUGAUGGAGAUGAAAAUCUGGAAGAUGUUGAAGAAGAAGAAAUAUAUGAAGAUAGUGAAAAUAUAUAUGGACCAAUGAAAGAAGAACCAAGAAACCUUCCCUCAAAACGUAGUGUGAAAAAAAGAAAAGGUACGUUGAGGGGAGGGGAAAGUAAUAAUAGAGCAGAUAAAUGGAAAUUAUCUUGGUCUUGGUCUCCAUGGACUAUAGCAGGAGUUGGUAUAAGAAAACUUUUUUCAAGAGUUACUGAUCCAAUGACUUAUGCGGAAGUUGCCUCCAGUAUUCCACAUGUUGCAGAGAAUUUAGUUCGAACUUCUGCUGGAAUAGAAACUAGUACAUCUAGUGAAGGGAGAAACAGUGGUUCAUUAGAAGAAGAAGAAGAAGAUGAUGAUGAUGAUGAUGAUGAUGACAGUAGUUCACAUGGUUCAAAGGGUUCACAGGAAACAUCUUCAACGCAAGAAAAUAAAGAAACCACAGAUAUGGAAUCUCCCUAUGACCGUAUUUUGGGAUGGGAAUUUGGUCCUGUUGCUGUUCCUGGUAAAAUUCCUAAUCUCUUUUCUGAAGAAAAAAAUUUACUGGAAUUAGUAAAUUUAACUUCAUGGGAUAAAGAUGAUAUAGUAAAAGAUAGUGAGGAUGUAAAACAUGAAAUAGAGGAACAACGUGAAUCACAAGAACAUGAAGAAGAAGAAAUCGAAGAAAAUGUGGAUGAAAUAGAAGUAGAGGAAGAAGUAGAAGUAGAUGAAGAAGAAGAAAUAGAGGAAGAAGAAGACGUAGAAGAAGAACAACAAGAACAAAGUGAUACAAAAGCUACCGAAAAAAAUGUACAAGAAAAGGAUCAAACAACAAAGGAUAAGGAAAAAGAAAAUGAAGAAACAGCUGAUUUAACAAGAGAUAACAAUGCACAUCAAUCAUUAAAAGAACGUUAUAACGAUAAUGAGCAAUUAAAAAAAGUUGCUGAGUCUAUAGUGAAAGACUUAUUUAGUUUGUUUAAAGAAAAAAAUACUUUUGAAUCUCUUUUAAAAGAUUUAACUGGAGAUAUAACACGUUUAUUUCAAAAUAAAUAA